CACUUUCGGUUUCACUUCUUCCGGCAGUGGGCAGAGUGUUUCCUCAUGGUUUUCGUGUGCUGAGGAACUAGUGCAGAUGCUUCCAGACAGAAGGAGAUAAAGCCUGCAGAGAUAGAAUGAUGCGAAAUGCCAUUCUUUGGUGGAGCAGCUUAUAUGUCAGACUGAUGUUUGUCUUCUGGCCAUGUGCAUCAGUUGGAAAGCAAUGUCAUAUCCAAAAUGAAACAGCUGACUGCAGUCACCUAAAGCUGACUCAAAUUCCCUCUGAUCUUCCAAACAAUAUAACAAUUUUGGACAUCUCUCAUAAUCAGCUAAGACAGCUAGGUCCUGCAAAUCUGACCAAGUACAGCCAGCUGGUUUACUUGAAUGCAGGCUACAACAGCAUCUCUAAACUGCAACCAGAAUUAUGCCAAAGUGUGCCCCUGCUGCAGAUUCUGAAGUUACACCAUAAUGAAUUGUAUAAGCUCCCUGACAAAGUCUUUUCUUCCUGCACCAACCUGACUGAGCUCAAUCUAGGAUACAACAGACUAAAUAUAAAUAAUGAUCCUUUCAAAACCCUGAAGAACUUGAAUAUUUUGGACUUAUCUCAUAAUUCUUUGAAGUCAGCCAAUUUAGGAUUGGAGCAACAGUUGGAGAAACUCCAUGAGCUCAUGCUGAGUAGCAACCAAAUCACUGAGUUGAAAAAAGAAGACUUCAGUUUUCUUAGCAAUACCUCAUUGAAUAGUCUUGAUUUGUCAUCAAAUCCACUAAAAGAGUUUCACACAGGAUGUUUACAUACAAUUGGAAAUCUGUUUGGCCUCAUACUGAACAACGUUGAACUUGGUGAAAAUUGCACAAAGAAACUUUGUACAGAAUUAUCAAACACAGCGAUUCGGAACCUCUCACUGAGCCAUGUGAAACUUUCCUACAUUGGCAAGUCAACUUUCCAGGGUCUGCAAGGAACAAAUCUUACAAUUUUAAACCUUUCCCAAAAUCCUUUCUCUGUCAUAGAAAAUGACUCAUUUCAAUGGCUUUCAAGUUUACAAUACUUAAACCUGAAUCUUAAUAAUAUUAAUGUAUCUUCACGUUUAUUUUAUGGAUUAUCUAGCCUUAAAUAUUUGAAUCUCAUGAACUCACAUACUGGGAAAAUUGAAGAUUUUUCUUUUCAUUGGUUAUACCACCUGGAGUACCUUAUAAUGGAUAAUAACAAUUUUCCAGGAAUUACUGCUAAUAUGUUCACAGGUCUGAACAACUUGAAAUACCUGAGUCUCUCUAACUGCAACCUAAACUUACAAAGAAUAACUAAUAAAACAUUUUCAUCACUUGCUAAUUCUAGCUUACAGGUUCUCAACCUCACAAAAACCAGAAUCUCUACAAUAGAAAGUGGGGCAUUUUCUUCCUUGGGACACCUGAAAAUUCUUCAUAUUGGUCUCAAUGAAAUUAAUCAACAGCUCACAGGUCAUGAGUUCAAAGGUCUCAAUAAUAUACAAGAUAUUUAUCUUUCCUAUAAUAAAAACUUGACUUUGCAAAGUGAGUCAUUCAUUUUUGUCCCAAGCCUUAGAAAACUGAUGCUGAGGAAGGUAGGGUGCAGUAAUCUGGCACUUUCUCCUUCACCUUUUCAUCCUCUACGAAACUUGACUAUCCUGGACAUCAGCAAUAAUAACAUAGCAAACAUAAAAGAAGACUUGUUUGAUGGACUUGACAAUCUUGACAUACUGGAUUUGCAGCACAAUAAUUUAGCCCGACUUUGGAAACAUGCAAAUCCAGGUGGCCCUGUUCUUUUUUUAAAAGGUCUUCCCAAUUUGCGAAUUCUUAAUUUAAAAUCAAAUGGGCUGGAUGAAAUUCCAGUUCAGGCUUUCAAGGGUCUCUUUCAAUUAAAACACUUGGAUUUAGGAUCGAAUAAUUUGAAUUUGCUUCCAGCAACUCUGUUUGAUGACCAAGCCUCUCUGAAUUCGUUGAACCUUCAGAAAAAUCUGAUUACCUCAGUUGAAGAAAAAGUAUUUGGCCCACCUUUCAAGAGCUUGAGAAAACUAGAGAUGGAUUCCAAUCCUUUUGAUUGCACCUGUGAAAGCAUUGCUUGGUUUGCUGAUUGGCUUAAUGUAACCCAAGUAGAUAUACCUGGACUGAGGUCCCAGUACAUUUGCAACACUCCACCUAAAUAUCAUGGUUCUCUGGUUUUGUAUUUUGAUAGUUCAGCCUGCAAAGACAGUGCUCCAUUUAAACUUCUUUUUGUGAUCUCUGCCACUAUUGUGACGCUACUCAUUUUUAUUGUCCUUACCAUCCAUUUUGAAGGGUGGAGAAUAGCUUUCUACUGGAAUAUUUUAGUUAAUCGAAUGCUUGGUUUUAAAGAAUUUGAGAGACAACAGGAAGAGUUUUAUUAUGAUGCCUAUGUUAUUCAUGCAAGAGAAGACAAGAAUUGGGUGUCUAAAAAUUUCGUGUCUCUGGAAAAAAAUAACCACUUUGAAAUUAGGUUUUGUUUAGAAGAACGGGACUUUGAAGCAGGUGUAUCUGAAUUUGAAGCCACAAUUAACAGUAUAAAAAAGAGCAGGAAGAUUAUUUUUGUUGUGACUGAACACCUCUUACAGGAUCCCUGGUGUAAAAAUUUCAAGGUGUAUCAUGCUCUUCAGCAAGCUAUUGAACAAAGUCGGGACUCCAUCAUACUGAUCUUUCUUAAUGAUAUCCAAGAUUACAAGUUGUAUCAUGCACUUCACCUGAGAAGAGGAAUGUUCAGAUCUCGCUGCAUCUUGAACUGGCCAGCCCAGAGAGAACGAGUCAGUGCAUUUCAUCAGCAAUUAGUGAUGGCACUUAAAUCUAAUAGUAAAGUGCACUGAAUUUUCAACUACAGAUUUGAAUUAUGGGGUCAUUUUAUUGUAUAUUUUCUACCAUUGGAAAACUAGCAAGACUUCAUGAAAAUCUGAAGAAGUUUGUCAUUCUGUAAAGAUAUGUAAGAGUCACUACAAUUUAAAUUUAUUUGUCUAUAUUCAUGUUUUUGCUGAUAUUUUAUUUCAGCUGUACUGAAGUGAUGUUAAAAGGGAUCAUGGUUGAUAGUUAGUCAGUGUAUUAAAAAUGUGGUAGAAAUUCUGAAAAGCAAUGAGAAUGACUGAUAUUCUAGGAAAUUAUGUAGGGUAGAAAAGACAGACUCUCUAAGGGGAUAUACAAAAGAAAAUGCAUUAAUGAUAAAACAGCAAAUUCUUUGUAGAAGGUAGAGUGGACACUACUGCUUGCUUUUGAAACAUGGGGAGAUUCAGUGCAUCAAGCUGGAAAGCUUUCCUUUUGAAACACAGCAAGUAACAUGGCAAAUUACUUCUGUAAUUCAAACCAAGAAACAUAGCAGUUUCAAAGUGAGUUUUAAAACCUUCGUGGUUAUGCCUUCUGGGGUGGCUUAUACUGUUUGCUAUCAAAAAGUGACUUUCAGGCUGAUGAGUCAACUGAUUUAAUAAAUUUGGUAUUUGGAAAAAAAACCUUUUUGCUAUUCCCUGGUGAAAUUCAGAGAGCUGGCAGGACAUUAAUACUGAGACAUGUAUUUGAUUCUUAGAAUGCACAUAAAACUGCAUGUGGGCCUGUACAUAGAACUUGAAAUCAAUGUGAAACAUGGCUAAGGCACAGCUGCUGCACCUCUAUAAAUGAGAAAAGGCAUAGAUAUUUUUAUAAUCAGAAGACAACUUUGUGGAGAAAGUGGUGCUACUGCAAUUUCAUUACAAAAAAUUUUGUUACUGGUGAAACAACAACAACAAAAACAAAGUCUUCCCAAAGAAAUAGUUUUAAAUGGUAUCAGAAACAUUAUUGUGACUACAGUUAGAGGGAGAGUGGGAAAAAAUUUCAAAACUAGAUUAAUUUCAAAUAUUUUGUUUCCUUUUACACAUAGUUUUGAAUUUGAUAGCUAAAAAGAAAACUGUAAAGAAACAGAUAGAAUUCUGUAGUUUAAUUUCUUGUAUAUUAAUGUAGUUUGAUUAUUUCCUGAAAAUUUUUUACAGAAAUGUGGGCUUGUUGGCAAUUGCCAGGACAUAAAGGUUCAAACAUACAGGCUAGCAGCUUGAUCUGGAGAGAGAGCUGAGACUGAGCAAAAUGUGCUUUGCAAGGGUGUUUAUAAUGUUUAGGACUGGCUAAAAUGUUAUGGUGAGUCUGAGCACAGGUUAUUAUAAAUUAGACAUGAGGCAGUCAUUUGUAUAUUUUUGUUAAUAUUUAAUUGCUGCUUCAAGGACCUUUUAAAACCGUCAGCUUUUAGUAGGUAUGUGAUCCUUCAAUAGCUCAGUAAUAUUUUUAAAUUGCUUUGUCCCCCUAGCAUUUCCCUCAUCAACUUCAAUACCACUAUUGCUACAAGAAUGCUUUUUUACUGCUUUAGAAAACAACUUGCAAAUUGUUCUAUACUUAGCAUUUUAAACAGCUUUUCUCAUGAUUUGCUAUAUGCAUAGAUGAGGUUUUAAUAGGUUUCCUAUGUCCCAUGAUGAUAUAAAACCUAAACAAGACAAAUAAUUAGUGAAAUAGAUUUUUCAUGCACUGGAAUAGCAAAGGGGAUGCAGAUGUCUUCACUUACUUGGGAAGUCCUGAGUGAAGACAAAAUAGGCUUUGUUUACAGCUGAAGUGAUAGGUGAUGAUUCCCUAAUUACAGUAACAGGAUUAUCCCUAUUGUGAUGCCUUCCUCUCAUCUUUCUGACCUUUUCAGGCAAAGUGACAAAUUCUUUCUUCAUGCUUAGGCCAUGAAAGUUGAGGAGGCAAGUUGGUAAUAAUGGUGUACCAGGUAUGCACCAUGUCAGUUGUUCUUUCUCUUAUUUAAAGACUAACCUGUGACAGAGUUCCUAUGUUUCCUAAAUCUGCAAUGACACAUAGCAGCAGAAUUUCUCUUUCCACAUCAAUAUAGAUUGUUUAGAAAAUGCUAGUAGUUCACAUGGAUAUUAAAAAUGACAUAAAGGUGAAGAGAAAGCGUGGAGAAAUGCUGGGGUGAAAUGUGAUGCAAGAGGUCAGAUGAGAUGAUCAAACGGCCUUUUCUGACCCUAAGAGCCUGACAAAUGACAGUACGUCUAAAUUCCUAAAGAUUUUUCUAGAUACUAUGAAUGCCCCCAAAAUUGGUUUCAGAACAGUGAAAAAAAUGUUUUGAAUGCUUAGUUUUGUAAUAUGGCUAAGAAUACAAACAAGAAGUACUUGGUGAUGAGUGAAAAAUCACUUUAAAUUAUGAAAAUAUGAUGAAUACAUUCCAAACAGUUAUUUCAAUACCUAGAUUCAGUUUAAAAUAAUUUACCACAGAAAAAGACAUUAUAAAGGUUCACAAUGAAUAUUAGACUAAUGUUUAAAAAAAAGCGCACAAAAGUAAUAAUCACAGGGCCAGUGGUAACCAUCACUUAUACCAGAAGUAAAUUUUUCCUAUAAUUUUUCCCUCUUUUUCUGGAAGUUACCCACUUCUACUCUGCUCCUGUACAUUUGUUUGACAAUUUUAUUGAGAGUAAAUAAAUGGGCUUACCACAGCUGAGUUGUAAGUA